CUCCUACGGCUGCCUCUUGUUCUCCUUGCGCCAUACUUUUCCCACGAUCACCUCAGCGAAAAGGCGCCUGCGCGGGCUCACACGAUCAUCAACGACCGUUCGACUCCAAGGUGCUUCCAUUAGCGCUAUCGGCAAUGCUGCCUUUCCGUGUCCUUGACGGCACGUUUGAACGGGCAACAUGUCAGCCGCAACCACUGAACGUGCGACUCGAGAGGAGGAGGAGGAGGAGGCCGAAGCGUUGCGCAGCUACCAAUUGUUUUCGGAAAUGAGCAAGGCCAGUAUUCUUGCAGAAGCCCAGAACGGCGACGAGCAUACCCUCGACGUAACUGUGCAAUCUCAUAUCCCGGUUCUCACCUUUCGCUAUAUGAACACGACAUUCCCCUUGUCCGUCAUGGAAGCUGAGAUGCAUAAUCUUUGGAACACGGUCAUUCAAGCGGCCAAGUACUGGAGCGCCUCUAACGCAAAACACGACACUCUCGUGCGGCAUAUACUAAGUGCGAGGGCGAGGGGAACUCUUACGAGGCCACUGGCGACCAUUGAAGCGGACGGCGAUAUUAGCGACGAGAGACUGGAUGUCAUUCUUUGCUCUGACGGUGGCGAAUUCUGGUCCGACCUACCUUUUCUCGGCCAAGAUCUUGUAGAGGAGUGGACGGAACGCUACUAUCGGGCUGAUUACUGCGAUGAGAUCGAUUUGCGCUUCAACUUGGCCGCCUUCAUAGGGCGCCUCAUUUCGGUAGGCAUCCACCGCGGGCCGGCGGCGUGCGUUCUCUCCUUGUUUCGAGAGACGCUGGAGACGCCUCGACACCUGGUGUCAGCGGAGGCCAGCAUUAAUGCAUCACCCGGCACCGGUGACACGACAAAGGACACACGGUUGCCCGUGAACAGUCUGAUCCAUGCGCUCCUGCAGAUGCUACGUCACUCGGAGGGACGAAUCAUCGACCUGAGCAAUGGCGACGGCGUUGACAUGGCAGAGGCUACGCGACCACCACCGCAGGUGUCUAGCUUGGGCGAGUUGGCGAUCCAGUCGGGGCUCUCCUCCCCCGGAUUCAGUCCGAGCCGGUGGCGUUUUUGGAUUCAGAGGCUCGAAGAGCUGGCUAAGUGCGAGGUGGCCGAGAUUGUAGAGAGUGCGGAGGUGUGUCUCAACUAUAUGAGAUAUGCGUCGGAGUCUGUAUAUGGGCCGCUCGCUGGCAAACCGGUGUGGCUAACAGACCCCUUGCCUGAGGAUUAGGUUAUAUAUCCGGGAAAUGCAACCAGGAUAUGCUGUGGA